GCAAUUGGUACUUUGGAAUAAUUUGUUAAGUUCAAAAUCCUUGCACCAUCGACAACUGACCAAUGAAAAAGGAAGCAAUCUGAAAAUGACCUCUCUGCACUCAAGAAGAAAGUCGAAAAUGGCAUCAUCUCAAGUUAGUUCAUUUGUCGACGGUGAUGAUCAAGACCAUCGGGAAGGAAUUUUUGAUCAAUUCUCGGAAGAUUCAUCUCCUGAAAUGUAUUACUACACGGUUUACAGCAGUUCAGACAGCGAGGGUAAUCUUACGAUUCAAGACGUCACGAGAGAAAAAUUUGGUUCCGAUGUAAAGGAGUUAACUGGGGAAGAAAACGGAGAAAUGGAAGACGAUUCUGAGGUUACUAAACAAAGAUACGGUUUUCGAACUAGAAGGCUGAAAAGGCAAAGAGAUGACGAGAUUAACACCGCGUUUUACACAAACAGCAGCGAUGAAUCGGCCAAUGAAGGUUUCGGUUAUCUCAUGUCAUCUGAUGACGAAACUUAUGACAUCGCGUCAGACAAUUGGGCUUUUGUAAGAGGUGCAAAAAAGAAAACAAAUUCAGAAACAAAGAAAAAAAGCGAAGAAGCUAAGAAAAAAAAUGAAGGUUCCCCAAAAAUGAAACCAAAAACUAAAUCGAAACCAAAUUUACUGAAGAUUAAAAUAAAAGCAGCUUUUACGGGCAAAAAAUCAAAAUCAAAAAAGGACCAAACGAGUACAGUUAUGGCGCCCAAAAAGGAUGAAAAACUUCCUAAAGUCGAAAAGGUGGGUAGUGAUGCGAGCCCCGAAAAGAUACCGAAAAUAAGCCCUAAAAGGAAGCUGCCAAUAAAAGCUAGAUUCAAAUCUGCGAAUCUUAUGUCGUCAUUCACUACCGAGAAGUCCCCACCGCCAAUCCCAGCAGCAGUUACCCCCGUUUCUUCAUUUCCGAAGAAAAGUCCUAACCGAAUAAGGUGUGGUUACAAUCCGAAAGCCCCCAAAAUACCAGAAUUACGUCACAUUCGUCGAAGACAGUUGCGACAAAACCCAAAACGGGUGUUAAGUGCUGAUUCAAACGCUCUAGAUGACGGGACGUCAUCGAGUGAUGAUGAAACUGCGGAAGAGAUAACCAAAACAAUGCGACGGACUUCUUUAUACAGCUUACGAGCAUCAUCUAGGGGCGGAACAAAACGCAAAGUAUCUAAGUCACUCGAUGUCGACGAGCGGUUCAACAACUCUUCCACUACGGCUAAAUCGACCGAUAAUAUCCUCACAACAAAGACAUCACCACGUAAACGAGGUUUAAAGCUUGUUAUUCGUCGAGACAGUCUAGAUCAAAAUAUCCCCAAAACCCCGUUGGACAACGAUUCCAAAGCAGAACAAACGAGUUCAAAACGCGUCAGUGAAAACAAUCAAACUGUCCCUGUAUCUUCGACCACAGCUGACAAAACAAGAGAUGUAACCGCGAAGCAAAAUUUAUCUCCCAAAAUGAUCCCGAAAGUUGUAUUGGAAAGAUCCCCAAAGAUGACAGGAUCUGCGUACACAAACACACCAGAAUCCACUGCUCACGACAAGAAAAACGGUGACGAGAGUAAUUUAUGCAAAACCCAGGAAAUAUUAGCAAUGCAAGAUGUUCCCGCCGAAGCUGCGUCACAAUCUUCUGCUGCUGAUAAAGAUAUUGACUGUUCCGUCACAAGUAAAACAGUCGAUGACGAAAUAAUAAAAAAGAAAAAGCCUCGGAAAAAGAAGAAAAAAGAUCGAGGACGCGCUGGAAUUUCUGCGGGAACUGAAGACACAUUGGACGGCGAAGAUACUGCUAUGCGAUUGGCAAUGGAAUUACCAAAUCAUAACUGGCUCGUCAAACAUCUAAUCAAGGAAAACAAAAUUAAGGCAGAGGACGACAAGCCAUUGAACAACAACCAAAUUCAAGAGUCGAAUGCGGGAGAACAAAGUGCAGGAUUAGAACCCGCCACCAAUCCGAGUAUACCUACUACUGUCAAAGAUCAGUACAAGGUUGGCAAUUCAGCAGAGGGUGGAGGUUUAAAAAACAACGAUCCAGCGAACAACAGCGAUCCGGACAAAAGCAGGGACGUUGACUCUCAAACGAAUUCAGAAAAUUUGAAACCUGCGUCGACUGGAGUGAAAGGUUCAUUCAUGGUUGGCAUAGUGAAACCAUUUGACCAUUUGAUAAAAAUGUCGCCAACAAACCUGGAGGCCUGUCGUGGUGAAACGAGUCCACCCCCUCUAUGUAUAAUAGACGAGGAAGAAUCGUAUAAUGACAACAGCAAUGGCGACGCCACCCUUGGCCCUGCCGUUGAACAAUGUGUAAAUAAAAACUCCGCUGUAUCCAGUUCAUGUUCUGAUCUCCUGGCACCUUCAUGUAUAGAUUCCCUCACUGUUGGCAACGCCACGGGAAAGCAAUCAUCACAUGGGAAUAUAGACAAGGCGACUAAAGAUUGCAUUACAACUAAAGGUUGUAAUAUACCUAUGGAUAUAGUUGGGCACCAUCACAAAACAUGCCAAGUAUACACAACAAUGCCAGUGAGGAAUGGCAAUGAAAACUCUGCAUCUUCUCACAAGGAAAUGCCAUCGGAUUUAAAAAAUGCCAUACAUAACAUUAAAAAUAACGCGGAAGUAAUAAACUUCACUUCCGGGUUGACCUAUAAUAUAAAAAAGUCGGUCAAUGAGCAAUCUAAUGAUGAUGUUGCAGUAGAUGAAAAUCCAGAAACGGAUCAUGAUAUUAAAAUAUCAAAUUGUGUUUCACUUGCGUUAGAUUUGAGAAAAACAACUAUAGAAAAUCCGGCGACCGACAAUCAACCUUUAGAUUUGUCUUUGAAAUCAACGAACUCCCAGUUAUCACCUAAAAUAUUAGACUUAUCUGUUAAAAAAGCGAUUGAAAAUAUCCAAAACCAAACUAGCUCGUCCCAUGAAAAGGCUGCAAAUUUAUCAGUUUCUAAAAUUGUGAGCAAAAAAGAAGAACAACCGGCCCAAGUUCAAAUCACAAAACCAGUUCAAGAGCAGGUAAUAAUCAUUGAUGACGAUGUCACGUCACCUUCGGAAAGUGCAAGUGAAAAACCAAACCAACAUCCACCUGCCGGCAUUUCUAGGAACACCGUCCUAAAACGCCCCGAAUCUACCAAGUCCGACGAUGGUCCGCCAGUGAAAAGAUGUGCUUCAUUAGACUCUACUAAUCCGCAGGGCAAUUUAUUCUCUUCAUCGCCAAAAAGAGUGCGAGAUGUGAGACGUUCUCUCGAUGAGGUAAAACGGACAAGGAUUGAAGACAAUUUAUCGCCUAAAAAUGUAGUUAAUAGAAAUAAAAUCUUACAAUAUAAAACAGACCAUCCCCCAGCUUUAAAACAAACUGUGAAUGGACCUGGUGGUUCGGUCAUCCAUUACAAUAACGCAGUUCAUAGUUCACCAAAAUCCCGGAAGGAUGGAAGCUGGGCAAGUGGUUUGGAGUUGAGGCCGGGUAUUCCAACGUUACCGUCACAUUUGCCUCCGGUUCCUCCGAGUAAGAAAAUUGAAGCAACUACCCUUCCACCACGUCAAGCUGUACCUGCUUCUCACUACACGCCUGGCGUUAAUAGAAAUACCCACAACUCUCAGUCAAAUUCUCAGAUUCCUAUUCCUGCCAACUCGGCACAAAAACUGAACUCUCAAUUUCAUACAAAGAAACAAGUUUCUGGAAUUCCCAACAUGACUCCGCAGCAAUUGGUAGCACAAGCCUACGACCAAUAUGAUAUUAAUCACCUUGGACCAUAUAUCAAACAACAGCAAAAUGAGAUUGAUAAAAAGAUAAAAGAACUUGAGAGGUUGAAAAACGCACUCAUUAAAGUGCAACAUGAGAAACCAGCAAAGGCCUCGCCUACACACACGGUUGUCUGUUCUUCGUCUUUCCCAAUUCCUAUACCGCGUCAGAUUCCCUCUAAUCAGAAGAGCUUGCCCCCAAAACAUCACCCGUUUCCUUAUGCUAAAAAUGAAAAUUUUCAUCAGGGCCACCCUCGUCAAUUACAGCCAUCUCAAAUAAGUCCUCCACGCAUUCAGCAUGCUUCGUCCAAGCCAUCGCACAUGAUGCCUCAGUAUCGUCAGUCAAUACCGCUAACUACCCAAUUCGGACAAUUCCCUCCGCAAUAUAUGCGUUCAAGGCCAGCGCAGCAACAACCACCAAUUCAACAAAUGCGAUCUCCAUUGUACGGCCAGAGACCAGUCGGUUAUCCACAAUACCAAGCUCGUGUUCCAUCCCCACAACAAGCCUUGAAUAGGCCCCCCGGGUAUGGCCCAUCACAAGUUUUUUCCUCCAAUGCGUCUUUAACAGCAACUGCUGCACCAGCGAAUCAUAUGUUCCGUGCACCACAACAAAUCCAACAUCAGACAGUCAGACAAGCACCACAACAAAUCCAACAUCAGACAGUCAGACAAGCACCACAACAAAUCCAACAUCAGACAGUCAGACAAGCACCACAACAAAUCCAACAUCAGACAGUCAGACAACGGCAUCCAGGACAAGUCGUGUCCAAACCAACACAACCUGUUUAUCGAAAUGGUGGAUUAACAAUAAAUGGGGGCGAAACGAAAACAAAACUGGAUGAACCAAUCAUAAUCGAGGAUGAUAUCAAUUCCAAUUUAAAGCUGAUCAGUUCCAAUACUCCCGUUUCGCAUGUUACUCGAGUUGAUGCCCUCAAAGCACGACGAUCACAUAGUUUUCAUCCUCCAUUAUCAAAGAAUCGAACAAAUCCACAACAAACUCCUAAACAAUGGAUGUCAUCUGCAAUGAGCCAAAUGACAGCUGCAAGAUUUUCCAGAGACUCAUCUCACCCUUCAAUUCCUGAAGCUGUCGGCGAGGUUUGUGUGAAAUGCCGAGAAAAAGCAUUCUUUCUUUGCUCUGGGUGUCGGAAAGUUUGGUAUUGCAGUAAGAAAUGUCAGUUGAGCGACUGGACCACUCACAGUUCAAAAUGCAACGGCUGAAUAGCGAACCAAAGAUGAAAUUAAAGCAUGUCUACAGAAAGCUUAAAUCAGCAAAUGUAUCUAUCUAAAACUGAAAGACUAUUUUUUUCACGCACAAUGGAGGCAUCAAUAAAUCCACUGUAACAAAACGCAGGUCCCCAUUCGCCGAGUCCCCUACGAUAGGAUAAAUGAGCCACUCUCAGUAUUGCAUAAACAAUGAUUAUUUAUUGAAAUCCAAUAGUACGCAAUCGACCUAUUGAAAUUGUGGGAUUUGGCAGACACAUAUCUCGGUAACAUCGUUCGUUUAGUACUUUAGAACAUACCAUGUAUAUUAAUUCACUAAAAUUAGAUUACUUGUCGUUUACCUUCCAGCUAAUGCAAAGAGUAGAAAUAGAUCAGCUGAAAUUUUGCCGAAAUCAAAUUUAUUUACUCUAAUUGAUAUAUUUUGAUGCUUCCAAAACACCAUCCACACGUAGCUCAAUCAUAGCUAAUUAUAUCCAUCGAUGACCUUAGUGGACCUAUGGAUCGGUUUGGUAUUUUUGUUGUUGUUCUUCUCUUUGAUUACUGAACCAAUUGCUUUAAAAUUGAUCAGUGGUUGAGGAUGGACUUUUUCUCUAAAAGGCUAAUACUUUUAUUUAUUUUUAAAUUUCGUAUGAAUUAUAUGAAAUUUGAUAUUUUGUCCAAAAUUUCGUCGGAACUUUUUUUAGGUUACCGCUAGCGUCAAAAGAAGGGAGGACUGAUUCAAUCUGGUCCACGUGUACAUAUACAAAGAGGAAACCAAUAUAUAAAUUGCAUCUCAGAGUAUCAUAGCUAUACCACCCUUGCAGUGCUGGGAUUUAGGGGACUCGCUCAGAACCUUUCUCAAAAUAUUGAAUCACAUCACUGACCACUUGUAUUUAUAACGGAGUUGAACAAUACGUUGUUAUCCGGUUAAUUGAUGAAAAUCUGUCUUUGGAUCAAAUUCAGUCCGUUUAAAAAUCAAUUUAAUUUAUUAUAAUUUAAAAAAAAAUUUGAAAAUCUGAAUUUGAAUACAAGCAUUCAAAAUGCAGGCGCAGAGGUUCACUGGAACAGGUCAUCUCAAUUGUGAACCCGGAAAUCACUCACGAACCCGGAAGUUGAAUGCACUAUUUUGUUAUUACGGCAUUCAAAAUAGAGAAUAUGAGCGCGGCACAAAUAUUCUAACCGAAUUUAUUUCCGUUUCAUUGGGAUAUAUGAGUCAAGCAAUAUUCACUUAAUAUAUGGACAUUAUUAUGUGUAACUGCAACAUUUCAUUGGCUACUAAACAAAGCUGUCUGAAAACUUUUGGCAAACUUCGUGGCCGCCUGAUGAUGAUAUUUUUUGCUUGGUCUGGGCAAACAUUUUUGCUAAGUAUGUAACAAAGCAUUGGUAUUCACUGACGAAACACAAUGAAAUAUUCAAACGCUUUUAUUUAGGCAUUCGCUUUGUCUGUUUUUAAUAUUUUAUAUAUUUUUGUAAGGAACAGUAUAUAAUAAGUGUGAUUUUCACUUCUUAAAUUACGACGAAAAAAAUCAACUUUCGAAGCAUAAACAAAUCGUGGAACAACAAUCAGGCUCAUGCGAACUAAUUUGGUUAAUUUCGUACUUCAUUGUGACACACAAAACAAAUUUAUUAUUGCAAGGUAACGUCCGACUUGUGAAAUAUACUGGUUUCAACAUUGUUGAAAUAAAUUGUUGUAACGAGUGCCUUUAAAGUAAUAUACAUUUCAAGCGAUCACAUUUUUUUAAUACUAUUUAUCGUUAUAAGACCACAAAUAUAUUUUUACAGAAUAUAAAUAAAAACAUAGUUUAAAUUUGAUAUAAUUUGGAGAUCAACCUUUUGCACCAUCAAAAUCAGCUCAAAUUUGUCAAAAGCACCAGUUAGUCUACUGACACAGGCAAACUACGACCCGCGGGCCAAAUCCAGCCCGGUGAGUCAUUCAAUCUGGCCAGCCUUAUGCUUUCACAACCAAACUAAAACCAAAUUUUGAUGUUUUAGCUGAAAAAUAGCUCAAGGAGUUUGUUGAGAUUGCGAUUGUAUUUAGUUAACAGUGUAAAAAUUGUUUAUGAAAUGUAACUUUUUACGUUACACUUACAUGGCCCGCCAGUCCAGGUGGGCUAAAUUUUCGGCCCCUGGUCCAAAACCUUGCCCACUCCUGAGCUAGGAUAUUCCGUCUCUUAUUCUUCCAUUACCACCGUGCCGAUAGAAAUUUUUGCAAUACAAAAACUAUACGAGCUUUUGAAAUUAAAUUUUUGACACAUUAUGCUACAAAUAUGACAUUUUGGUAACCUGUGGCAUACGAUCGUACCACUGAUUAGCAGAUGUAUAUUUUCUAUGAUUCUUAUGCAUCAAUUACAUACUUUUCGUUGCUACUCAGUUUCAAACAUCUAUCGUUCCAUACUUUUUAGUAUGUACCUUUUUUCUCUCUUUUUAAAAUUCGCCAUUGUUUUAUGUAAUUUACAAUGCGAUUUUUAUUUUUCCUCUGCUGAACUGUUCCAUUUUAGAGCAAUCAAGGUUGAACUAUCUCGUGAAAGUUGUAAUAAAAUUUACUUUUAAUUUUUCAUCGUAUGUGCUAACCAUGUGUACUUGAUCCGAUUCACCUGUUUUUCCUUUACUUAACUCUCGCCUAUUCUUGAAUUUUUAAGUCGCAUUAUAUUUGCUAACUCAGCAACAGAACUGAUUUCUAUUGGGUGCUUCUUAAUGUUAUAGGAUUACCAAUAUAGAAUUGUACCAUGACAUAACUAAAUUAAUAGGGAGUUAAUUAAUAUCCCUGAAAUUUUUUUAAAUAGUUUUGCAAUAUAAUUUCCUGAAAAUCGAUCAAAAUAAACACCGAAACUUGCAGUACGUUUUCUAAUCUUACAAACAAAUACUGACAAAUGAUCAAGUACAUCUCUUCCAGUUCCAUUAGGCCUGGAUGAUUUAUUAGGCACUGAAAUUUUUAUUCGAAUUACCAAUUUUACAAAAGUAUGCAAUAUUCUACUUUUAUAUACUAAACAUUUUACUCGCUUGGAAAGUCAAAUCCUGGGUAUUUUUAGAUUUCUUUUUCUCCUGCUAUUCAUAAAUUUGAAUUU